AUCCUUCAGACAGCAUGAACCGGUGAGAAUCUUGCACGCCCUUGUGUUUCCUGCAUCUCUCUGUGUUUGUGGAUCUCAUGGCUGCUGUUUGGCAGCAGGUGCUGGCAGUGGACGCAAGGUACAAUGCUUACCGCACACCUACGUUCCCCCAGUUCCGCACGCAGUACAUCCGCCGGCGCAGCCAGCUGCUCCGCGAGAAUGCCAAGUGUGGCUUUGAGCCGGGGCUGCGCAGGCAGUAUCUGCGUCUGCGCAGUCAGUUGCUCGCCCUGCGUUACGGGCCUCUGUCAGAGCAGAGCAGCUUCAGAGCCAGCAGUGUGCGCAGUUCCCGCACCACACUGGAUCGCAUGGAGGACUUUGAGGAGGAUCCCAGGGCUCAGGGUGCCAGAGGCCACCGGAGAUCAGUAAGCCGUGGUUCAUACCAGUUGCAGGCCCAGAUGAACAGAGCGGUGUAUGAUGAAAGGCCUCCAGGAAGCCUGGUGCCCACCUCAGUGGCGGAAGCCAGUCGGGCAAUGGCAGGCGACACCACUCUCAGUGAGAACUACGCAUUUGCUGGCAUGCACCACAUCUUUGACCAGCAUGUCGACUCUGCCGUUCCCCGUUUGCAGUUUGCUAAUGACGAUAAACACCUCCUCGCCUGCUGCUCAUUGGAUGGGACGUUGUCAAUCAUGACUCUGUCUCCGCCUCCUCCAACUGUAAAGGUGACUCUGAAGGGCCACGCUGGGCCUGUGACCGACUUCGCUUGGUCGCUGAGCAAUGAUAUCAUUGUGUCCACUUCAAAAGAUGGCACUCUGCGAAUCUGGAACACCGAAGAUGGACGCUGCAUCCGGGAGGUGGUCGACCCUGAGGGCAGUGAGCUGCUGUGCUGCACUUUUCAGCCCAUGAACAACAACCUGACUGUGGUUGGCAACAGUAAACAGCACCUGCAGGUGGUGAACAUCUCCACUGGGAAGAAAGUGAAAGGAGGCUCCAGCAAACUCACCGGCCGAGUGCUUUCUCUGUCGUUUGAUGCUCCGGGGAGAAUCCUGUGGGCUGGUGAUGACAGGGGAAGCAUUUUCUCUUUCCUCUUUGACAUGGCAACAGGAAAGCUGACCAAAGCUAAAAGGCUGGUGGUGAAUGAAGGCAGCUCUAUCUCCAGUAUCUCUGCUCGUUCCUGGAUCAGUCGAGAGGCUCGCGAUCCAUCGCUGCUCGUCAACGCUUGUGUUAACAAACUACUGCUCUACAGGGUUGUAGAUAAUGAAGGGACUCUACAGCUAAAGAGGAGUUUUCCCAUUCAACACGGAUCCCAACCUCUGCACAGCAUCUUCUGUCCUCUCAUGUCCUUCAGGCAGGGAGCCUGUGUUGUCACUGGCAGCGAGGAUGCAUGCGUUUACUUUUUCGACGUGGAGCGCAACACUAAGGCCAUCGUAAACAAGCUGCAGGGUCACAGCGGGCCCGUUCUGGACGUGAGCUUCAACUGCGACGAAAGCCUUCUGGCCUCCUCUGACGCCUCCGGGAUGGUGAUAAUCUGGAGACGAGAGCAGAAGUAAACAUGACAAAUAAAGCUUUCGCUAACAGUAACUUCCAUGCAGGCUGGCUUUAAUCACGUGCAAUGAAACUCCUACUGUAAACGUGCGACGACCGUUUAAAUCAUGUGGACCAUGAAGGAGACAUUGAGGUAAAGCUGGUUUUAUAUUCACACAUUCAGACUUUCUCCUUUAUCAUAUCAUUUCAGAAAUAUAUCCCUAAAUAGGGAAGUCAUAUUCGCAGUCAAAGACUAUCAGAAGAUAUUCACACUCAAAUAAAUAGAGCUAAUGUUGUUUUGAAGUCGUGUUUACAUGGCAUUUCAGACCGAAUAUUCAAAGUAGCGUAAUAAACAAUAUAGAGACAGUGCCACAAGUUGUCUCUGAACGAAUGUGCGAAUAUAAAACCGACUUGACCUCAAUGUAAGAAACCGGUGUUGUCUUAUAUCUUUGUUUUAGGGCUGAUAUUUUUAUUGUUGGUUAAGAUGUGAUGCUCGACUGAGACUGUGUGCGCUACUGUGCUUUGUGGUCAUAAAUGUGUAACUUAAAAGAGAGGAGAUGUUAAUAAUAUAAUACUUUAUUCACCGUCGUGUGUCUUUUGAGUAAGUGUGUGAGAAUGAGGACGUUGGAGACUGAAGUUUUGUUCGCUUGCACAAUAACACUACUGUAUUUAUGCCUUGUUGAACUUAAUAAAUGUAAUCACACUAGCUUAA